CGAAACCAACUACACUUUCUCAAUAUCCUUUAGUGAAAUCGAAACUUUACAGACAGUGUUGCUGCGGAAUUCGGACGAGUGCAACGGCGUUAGUUUCGCUGAAGACACACGAAUCGUAGUUCAUGUUAUCAGAUCUUCAUCAAAAGAAACACUGAAAACUAUUGAACAAAGAUAAAUAAAGAAAGGGCCAUGUGGUGCCCAGAUUGUCAUCAUGUAGCUGUGGAGAACACUGCAAAGUUCUGCAGCCAAUGUGGUAAAAAACUUUUACCACAAGAAAGACAUGGAGGUCCAGAUAGCAAGGGUGAUCGAAUCAUGGAUGUCACCAUGGUGGAUGAUGCAGUGGUGAAAAUGGGUGAUAGCCUCUCUGCAGAUAUGAAAGAUGUAAAGCCAUUAAAAGAACAAAAGAGACCUUCUGAAGACCAAAAUGAAAUUCCAAGGGCUAGGAAAAAGAAGAAAAAGAGCAGGAAAAAAGUGCAAACAGAAGAACGUCUUUCUGUCGCAGGUGACAGGAGUAGUUCAGACUUUUCUGACAUUACCCAAGAGGAAAGUGCAUCAAGUCUACAAGACAUCAGUCUUGAAACAGUGGAAGAGAAGAAAGAUGUGGAAAACAAUGUUUCAAAUCACCUAGAAAAUAAUGAUAAAGGACUUGAUCCCAAUAUCUCUGAAAAUCAUGAUAUACAAAUGGAUGAAAAUGAACAACUGAGCUUAGAAGCGGGAGUUGAAGCAGUAUCUAAGGGAACAUUGAAAGCUGAAGAGGAAGUUAAAGACUUCAGUAAGGACUUCAAGCAUAGAGAAGACCGCACCAAAAAUCUUUUGCCACUAAAAUCUGACGACCAGUCUGCCAGUGAUUGUUUAAAUGAUUUUCAACACUCUGAAAGUAGCCCUAUAUCAGCCCCGGCAGACAGUCCUACAUUUCCAACGCAUGUACAAGAGAUGGACUGCUCAGUGGGUAAGAAUAAGAAUUAUGCACAAGUAUUGAAAGAAUCUAUCAAAACAAGACAAAGUUCAGCGGAAAAAAUUAAAAAUACUGAACAUGAACUAACUACUCCAAAUUCAGCAACGAUGGAAAAAAGUACACACGCAACACCAAAAAAAGGUUCUCAGUUAAAUCCAGGAAAAAAUAAAGGUGAAAAGGAAAGGGAAGAUGACUGUUUACAAGAAAACCAAAGUCUGCCUAAAAAAAGUAAAUGUCCUGAGCUGGAAUCAUCUUCUCAGAAUUUAGCUAAGACUAAGUCAACGAAAGAUUCUUGCAUAAGUGGAGGAAAGGACAAAGGUGAAAAGCAGGUAGCAGGUGACUCUCUGAAACAGUCAAAGACACAAAGGACUGACAGCUCACCGACACCUGAUGUUUCCACUUCUGCUGCCUACAAAGACAGUCACAAAAAAGAUAGUAAUCUGAAAUCAGAUUCUAAUAAGGCAAAAGGGAAACAAAAAAAUGCCAAGUCCCCUGCAGUAUCACAACAACACAGGCAACAACAACCUCAGCAAAUUCCAUUUGAUGAAAGGCUUACAAUUUACUUCCAUGCUAUUUUAUCCAAGGAUUUUAAUUUAGACCGAGAUCGAGAUAAGGUCAUACUACGUGCUGGAGAUCCAAUUGGAAACUGGGAAGAAAAUUUGACUGAAAUUACUGUAAGAAGGGAUCUAGAUGAAUGUGGGUUGCUAGUUGAAGGAUGCUUAGUUGUUUCUAAGAAAAAUCUGAAACAUGUCUCAAUACCUUACAAGUAUGUGAUCUAUAAAGCAGAAAAAAAUUACUUUCAAUUCGAACAUAUUUAUAAGGCUGAAGUCACAGGUAUUGCAAACCGAUGCUUAUUCAUAAGGGAAAAUCUUUUAGAUGAUAGAGGGGAGUGGCAUCAAUAUGAUGAUUUUAUUUGUGCCGAGCCCAGCAAGAAUUUAAUUGAAAAAGUGAAAAAAAAAAUUUGGGGGAUUGAAACUAAUGUUGUGAGUGGAAGAAACACUGCUGGGAAUGUGAUGCUGGAAACUAUCUUUGAACUUCUCACUAGCUGGACUGAAAUAAACUUGAAGAGCUUUUUUGUGCAGCUGAACCAGUUUUUUAUGACCUACAAGGAUCCUUAUGUUUUUGAAGAUAAGGCAAAAAAAUGGAAGUCAUUGAACUAUGGAGAAGAGCAGGUUAAAAAAAUACUGAAGACGUUUAUGAUCGAAAGGAUUCUUAAUGCACCAAUGGACUUGGAAAAAGGGAUUUUCAUUACUGACAGCCUAAAAUCUGCAAUGGUUAUAGUGAUUAUUAGUACAAGAUAUCGUAUUUUUUUAUCAUCAGAAGAAAUUUCACAGAUAUGUGGCAUUUUGUGUGUACAACAAAUGCCAAAGGACAAGUCUCUUAACUAUUACAGAGAACUUUCAAACUGUUUUGCAAGUGAACUAAAAAAUCUUGAGGAAGCAAUCAUUGGCUUUUGCAAAACAGCCAUAAUGUCAAGAAAUCCUCACUGGAUUAAGGUGAUCCCAUUGCUACACUUUGUAAAUGGAGCUUGUAAACCAUUUGAAUAUGUUCCAGCUUUCCCAUACAUGAACAUUCGUGCUUGGGCUGGACUACAAAUGUUUAGUGAAGGCACUGAUUUAAGAUUCGCUGGUGCAAGUGCUUUACUAGAUAUCAUCAAAGCUAAGAAGCAUUUAUUCGAAGCCGACAAGAUUCUUGCUAGAUCUUGUCUUUACUUGAUGAAGUUAGAAGACUUGUCCAGAUACUUUGAAGUUGUCCAUGUUGAGCUGCUUGAUGUUCUUUAUGGACUUUUCCACAAAUUAAGUGGAAUUUAUUAUAGCAACUUUGAGACUGUUCUUGAACUCUUACUUCUUUUACACACAAAUCUUAGCAAGGAAAUAUACAGUUUGUUUGAAGACCCCUACCCUGAAUCCUGCUUAAAAAUGGCAGUAAGGCUACUUCAGAAAGUUUGUGAGUCAACGAAAGAAAAAGGACAUUUUCAAAUUCCUCUCCGAUGUUUAAGCAUUGUGAUCCUCAUCUCAGACUUUGUUACAUCUCAUACUAUUAAGGUUUCGGACAAUGCUAAAGAGGGAGAGGUGAAACCUACAAAAAAUGCUGUGCUCAAUGAAGUCUUGGAAAUUAAGAGAAACUGGAUAAAGGAGACAUUUAAAAACAAGCUUAUUCGUUCCAGCUACGUUUGUUUUCAUUCCGAGUUUGAAAUAGAGAUGUGGAGCAUGCUGCUCUCACUAUCUUUUAGAGAUGAGAAAACCACUUCAUUUUGGAGGAAGACUCUUCUAAAUGAUUUUGAAGGAAAGCUUAAACAGGAGACCCCUCUGCAUCAGAUUGAUAUUUAUUGCAGUAAGAAUGACAAGAUAAGACAGUUAAGUUCUUUUCUGUCGGACUGCUUUGAAAAAUGUGCUUUUGAUGCUGUUAAUUUUAUUUGCCAGGAAAAGUCUGAAGCAAAACUGUUUGAUCUGAUUAAGAAGCAUGACCUGUACAAGUUUGGUGAACUAGUGUCCAAGAUUAUUGAAAAGUCAUGGCCUAAAGACCAUAAUGGAAAGUUUCUUGAUGGUUAUGAUGUGGUAGUUGAACAUUUGCUUGGAUGGUCUGCUGCGAAGAAUGUUUUCCAGCUUCAAGGUGCUGAUGGGAAAAUUAUUGAAAAGCUAACAGACAAUGCCAAUGAGCUGAUUGCUGUAGCAAAUUCUGCCUUUACAGCCAUAGCAGAGCAGUUCAUUCAAGGCAAUAUUGAGAUAAAGUAUUUAAAGAAGAUCCUAAAGAGAAAGGAUGAAUUUCUUGUUUUGGUUAAAUUAUGCCAUACUGAAAAUAAAAGAUGCAAAGGUGAAAACAUUAUGAAGAAAAUUCUUAAAUGGCGUGAGAAUGAACUUUGUGCUGUCUUGCAUGAAAAAGAAUUGGUGACCAGCUUUCUUACAAUGUGUAGGAAAAUCAAUGAAUAUGUGAAAGUGGUCAUAGAAUUUCUUGAAGAAAAGGCUCGUCAAAAUAUUGAUGCAAAAAAACUAGAUGAAGCAGUUGAAGUACUUCUACCGGAUGACUGUAUUUACACUGAAAGUCCAGGAACUGUUUCUUACUUUAAUUUGAAUGAUGAAAUUAGAGACAUGGCUGAAAAAAUCAACACUUUCAAAGACUGUCAUAUCUUUCAAAUAUUUUGGGAGAAAAAAGCAAAAUCCUUGGCAGUAAUAGAUACCAACACAAAUGAGAUUUUUCCUGACCCAGAUUUGAGUAUCACUACUGCAGAAGAGGUAUUAGACAUCAUUUUUGAACCUUGUUUUGAUGAAUACUGCUGCAUUUUUGAACGAAUUAAAAAUGCAUCUAUCACAUUGGAGGAAGUGGAUACAGUAUUUAAAGACUAUAAAGAUUUAUAUGAAAAUCUUACUAAAGAUCUUCAGAUUAUGAGCAGACUAGAAAAAGACAGCAACAUGAUGUGGGUUACUAAUCGAGUUCGACAAAUCCAGCAGUAUCACCAGUUGCAUCUUGCAGUGGAAUCAGCUAAUGUCAUUCUUGAGGUAAAAGAUGCACUUGGACUCGGUGGAAAUUUUAAAAUACUACAGACACUUUUGAAUGUGACUCGGGAAGACUUCAAAAAAGAUACCCUUGAUCGCAUUGAUAAUGAGCUUAUUAAGGCUAAAGAAAUAUUAGAAGACAUUACAGACACACGGCGAAAGUGUUUACUUGAAUUGGGAAAUAGAAAAAACUUAAUUAACUGGGUAAAAGAGUCUCUUGAAGAUAUCAAUGAGCUGAAAGUUUUUGUGGAUUUGGCAUCCAUCUCUGCUGGAGAGAAUGACCUUGAUGUGGAUCGUGUGGCUUGCUUUCAUGAUGCUGUUCUUGGAUACUCAUCCAUGCUUUAUGACUUGAAACCAGAUGCUGGUUUUAAUGUGUUUAUGGAAUCUUUAAAAAAGUUGUGGAAAGCACUAGAAAGUGAUCCAGAUCUUCCAAAGAAGCUGCGUGACACAGCCCGUCAUCUAGAAUGGUUGAAGUCUGUAAAGGACAGCCAUGGAUCUGUGGAGUUAUCCUCAUUGUCUUUGGCUACAGCUAUUAAUAAUAAAGGCAUCUAUAUCAUCCGAUCGCAACAACAUAAAAAGUUAUCAUUAGAUACUGCUUUACAAUUGAAGAUACCAGAGGAGCAUGAAGAUGGUUUUCCAGAAUUUCGUCACUAUUCCUUAGAUGACAUCAAAGAGCUUCAAAAUAAACUGAUGUUGAUGUCUGGGAAAGGUGAACAGGGGCAGUCUGAAGUAGAUCAUUUUGUGGAGGUUUUUUCAAAUGUCCAGAGGCUUGCCACAACUUUUAUUGACUUGUACUCUGCUGGAAAUAUGCUUUUCAGAGAAUGGGAAGCAACCAUUACUUGUUCUGGAAAUAAAGAGGUGUGUCUGGUUAUGGAUUUUCACCUUGAAGACAAAAUAAAUGACAUAGUUGUAACUGGUGAAGCUGUAGAAGAGCUUCCAGAACUCUGCAGAAGGAUGGAAAAGUGUUUUGAGUCUUGGAAAAUUUACAUAGACAGAAGCAGAUCACAAUAUUAUUUUUUAAACUAUUAUACUGCUGAGCAAAUUGUUUUCUUGUGUAAGCAAUUAUCUGAUCAAAACUGCAACAAGUUAGAAGAUCAAGUUCUGAUAAUGCUGUCAUUCAUCAAGGCUGAAUGUACUCUUGAUGAUAUCAGAGAGGCCUGGCAUCAAUGGAAUUAUAACAGUAUUGCCAAGCAUUCAGAAGAGGACUUUGAUAUAUAUCUUGAAUCUUUUCAGGCAGAAGUCACCAUGGAUAUCAACAGUUCCUCAAACUCUCUUUUACAUGCUGUAAAAGACAGGUACAAUAUUAAAUAUCUUCCAGGACUACUUUCUGAUGUAACAGCUGUAGAUCAGGUAGAAAUCAUUUGGACUUUUUACAUGAACAAUAUGGAAUUCUUUCUUCCACACUGUUUAAAGGUCAGCACAUUAGGGGAAUUACUGGCAGUUUUGGGUAACAUGCAGAAGAAUUUGGUCUGCAGGAAACGGCCAGCGUUUUUGCAAGAAGGACGUCCAAACCUCAUAAGUUGUCACACUUCUGAAGUUCUCUUGUCUUCAUUGUAUAUCUACAUGUACAGUGGAAAUGAACAGCUACCAACCUAUGAUGAAGUCCUUUUGUGUACAGCUGACACAGCCUACGAACAAGUAGAGCUGUUCAUAAGGAGAUGCUUGUCCACACAGUACAAGGGCAGUAAGAUUUACACAAUGUUAUAUGCUGAUCGACUGCCUUAUGAAGUGGGUUUCAGGUUUGAACAGCUCUUUCAAAGACUUGAAAAGCAAAGCAAGAAGGAUUAUAAAUUGGUGGUGAUCUGCAGCUCUACUGGGGAACAUUGCUACAUUCCCUCAGCAUUUAGUCAGCACAAGGUACACAUAACACUGCAUGAACCACUUGAAAAAAUCCAGACAUAUCUCUUCAGUCACUACAAAGUUCCAGAGUCAGUAUCCUCUGCAGCUUCUGUAUUCAAAGACAGGAUGUUUGUGGGAAUUGUGUCUUCGAAAAGAGCAGGUGUUGGAAAAUCCCUAUACAUUCACAGACUUUUUGAAAAUCUACAGGAGGAAAAAAGUGACGUUGAUUUGAAAUGUAUUAAACUGACUGAACCAAAGGUUGAUGAAAACAAAAUAGUUCAGUCCAUAUUACCUGUGUUAAGUAUCCCCUCCAAGAAGAAACCAAUGAUCUUCCAUUUUGAUGUCACUUCUUCAGUUCAAAAAGGUCUAACUGAGUUUCUCUACAAAAUGAUGGUGCUAAAUUAUUUAAUGGACUCAGAAGGACAAAUGUGGGUAUGCAGAAAAACUCAUCUAUAUGUUGUUGAAAUCCUUGAAACCCUGGAAGUCCAAAAAAAACCCAGCAGACAUGGAUCGAGUGCUGCUCAGUAUAAUUUUUUGGAUAUCUUCCCAAAGAUUUUUUGCAGACCACCAAAGGAAGUACUUGAUAUUGACAUGAACAAGCAAGAGAACUCUUCUUCAGACCCAUUAAUGGAUGACAAGGAAUUUAAAAGUGAAGCAUUUCAGAGACCAUAUCAGUAUCUUAAAAGAUUUCACCAUCAAGUCAGUCUUGAUAGUUUUACUUAUCAUGGUGUUGAGGGAACACAUGUUGAGUGCUUACAGUUGUUUUUUAUAUAUUGUGGCAUAGUGGAUCCAUCAUGGGCAGAGUUGAGAAACUUUGCUUGGUUUCUGAAUUUACAGCUAGCAGAUUGCGAAAACUCCGUUUUCUGUGAUUUUAAUUUGGUUGGUGAUACUUUACAGGGUUUUAAAACAUUUGUAGUUGAAUUUAUGAUUCUUAUGGCUAGAGAUUUUGCAACACCCUCCCUUAUUAUUUCUGACCAGAGUCCUGGAAGAAACCAAGUAAACUGGGAUGGGGUUAAUGAAGAAGAUCUUGCCCCUUUCUGUAUUAGAAAGAAAUGGGAAUCGGAACCGCAUCCUUACAUUUUUUUCAAUGAUGAUCAUAAUUCUAUGACUUUCAUUGGCUUUCAUCUCCAGCCAAAUAAGCAACAAGGGGUUGAUGCUGUCAAUCCCACAAAUGGCCAGAUUAUAAAGAAAAACAUCAUGACUCAGCAACUCUAUGAAGGUCUUAAACUUCAGAGAGUUCCAUUUAACAUAAACUUUGAUGAACUUGAAAGAGGUGAGAAGAUAGAGCGUAUUUGCAAUGUGCUUGGGAUACAGUGGCCCUUAGACCCUGAUGAAACCUAUGAACUGACUACAGACAAUAUAUUAAAGAUGCUUGCUAUUCACAUGAGGUUUAGAUGUGGUAUUCCUGUUAUCAUAAUGGGAGAAACUGGAUGUGGGAAAACACGGCUUAUCAAGUUUCUCUGUGAGCUACGAAGAAGUGGUGUUGCAACUGAAAAUUUAAAACUAGUGAAAGUUCAUGGGGGAACAUCUGCAGAAAUAAUUUAUUCCAAGGUCAGAGAAGCAGAGCUGAUCGCUGUUGACAAUAAGCAGAAAUAUAGCUUUGAUUCUGUUUUAUUUUUUGAUGAAGCCAACACAACUGAAGCUGUAAGCAGCAUUAAAGAAGUUCUUUGUGACAAAACUGCUGAAGGAUAUCCUCUUAUUGCUAAUUCAGGUCUGCAGAUCAUAGCAGCUUGUAAUCCCUACAGGAAGCAUACCGAUGAGAUGAUUAAACGCCUAGAGUCAGCAGGCCUCGGGUAUAGGGUCAGAGCUGAAGAAACGGAAGAGAAGCUUGGUUCUAUUCCACUGAGGCAGCUUGUGUACAGAGUGCAAGCAUUGCCUCCAAGCAUGAUUCCUCUAGUCUGGGACUUUGGUCAAUUAAAUGACCAAACUGAAAAAAUUUAUAUUAAACAAAUAGUACAAAGAUUGGUUCAUUCUGUCUCAAUAAUGGAGAAUUACACAGACAUAAUAACAGAUGUGUUGUCUACGUCACAACAUUUUAUGAGACAGAGAAGUGAUGAAUGCAGCUUUGUUAGUUUGAGGGACGUGGAACGAUGCAUGGCUGUUUUUGAAUGGUUCUUUAAGAAUCAUGUGAUGCUGCUAAAUGCUUUUCUCGGUAAAAUUUCUCAAGGCAGAAAUAAACCACAAGAAAGGGAUCCAAUCAUCUGGUCACUGGUAAUGGCAGUAGGAGUUUGCUAUCAUGCCUGUUUGGAAAAAAAGGAAUCUUACAGAAAGAAGAUUUGUGUGCAUCUGCCUGAACCUUACCGUCCAGCUAAAGUUUUAAAAGAAAUCUUACACAUGCAAGAUCUUCUUCUUAAUGGUGUUCCUUUGGGAAAGACAAUUGCUCGAAACAAUGCAUUGAAAGAAAAUGUUUUUAUGAUGGUAAUCUGCAUUGAGCUGCGUAUCCCACUCUUUUUAGUAGGCAAACCUGGUAGCUCCAAGUCAUUAGCCAAAACGUUAGUGGCAGAUGCAAUGCAAGGCCAGGCAGCACACUCUGAUUUAUACAAACAACUAAAGCAGAUCCACCUUGUGUCCUUCCAGUGUAGUCCUCACUCCACGCCUGAAGGCAUUAUUAACACUUUCAAACAAUGUGCUAGGUUCCAAGAAGGUAAAAAUUUGAAUGAGUACAUCUCUGUGGUUGUCUUGGAUGAAAUUGGCUUAGCUGAAGAUUCGCCAAAGAUGCCUCUGAAGACCUUACAUCCACUUCUAGAAGAAGGGUGCAUUGAUGAUGACCCUCUCCCCCAUAAAAAAGUAGGCUUUAUUGGCAUAUCUAACUGGGCUUUAGAUCCAGCCAAGAUGAACCGUGGUAUUUUUGUUUCUCGUGGGGAUCCAGAUGAGCGAGAAUUAAUAGAAAGUGCUAAAGGGAUCUGUUCCUCAGACCCGAUGAUACUUAUGAAAGUACAAGGCUUCUUUAAAAUUUUUGCAAGAGCCUACUUACAAAUCUGUAAAAAGAGAAAUAAAGAAUUUUUUGGACUCCGGGAUUAUUACAGCUUAAUAAAAAUGAUAUUUGCUAACACAAAAGGAUCUGGCCAGGAACCAGGAGUGGAGGAUGUUGCAAUGGCAGUUCUACGAAAUUUUAGUGGAAGAGAUGAUAUCAACGCAGUAAAAAACUUUACUGUACAUUUUGAUAAAAAACUUGAUCAGGAAUCCAUUAACACAGUUGAACUUAUAAGACAAAAUAUUUGUGCAGACACACAGGAUGGAGAAUGCCGUUAUCUUUUGGUUUUGACCAAAAAUUAUGCUGCCCUUCAGAUACUUCAGCAGACUUAUUUCUUGGAUCAAAAUCAGCCUGAAAUUAUCUUUGGGUCCAGCUUUCCAAAAGAUCAAGAAUAUACCCAGAUUUGCCGCAAUAUCAACCGUGUAAAGAUCUGCAUGGAAACAGGCCAGACGAUUGUUCUACUGAACCUUCAAAAUCUGUAUGAAAGCCUUUAUGAUGCCCUUAAUCAGUAUUAUGUGUGCCUUGGUGGACAAAAGUAUGUGGAUUUGGGACUGGGCACGCAUCGUGUUAAAUGUCGAGUGCACAAGGACUUUCGUCUUAUUGUCAUUGAAGAGAAAGAUGUUGUCUAUAAGCAGUUCCCUAUCCCUCUUAUUAAUAGGCUUGAAAAGCAUUACCUUGAUAUCAAUACAGUUCUUAAAAACAACCAGAAAAGGAUUGUCCAGGAGUUAGAGAGUUGGGUGAAUGUUUUUGUUCAUGUUGAUAAUCAGCAAGUCAACAUAUUGGAAAAACAGGCCUAUAGCCCAUCAGAUGUCUUCAUUGGCUAUCAUUCAGACACUUGCGCGUCAGUAGUUUUACAGUUGGCUCAACGACUUAAGGGGAAUUUGGAAGGUUUUGAAUUGACAAAACAAGUAUUGGAAGAGGCUAAAAGCAUUCUGUUAAAUUGUGCUACACCUGAUUCUGUAGUGAGGCUAAGCUGUACUGCUUUGCCAAAUGUGGAGGCAGAACAUUGGCUAAGGGAAUACUUUGAAGUUCAGAAGCACAGCUGCCUGGCUGACUUUCUUAUUUCACAAGCAAAGCAGGCAGAUUCCUGUCAAACAGUAUUCAGUGAGGUUACUACUUUUUCAAGGCUUCUUACAGCAUGUGAUGUUGAGACCUUGGGAAGGGAAAUUGGUGCCAAUUACAAAAUAGAGUUGCUUUCACUGCAGCAAUUUGAUACAGAACACUCAUUUUUAAGAAAAAUUAGGUGUUUUCUUUGUGAUGGAUAUUUAAACAAAAUUCUGAUCAUUCAAUCUGACUUUGAAAACAGUACACAAAGUGCCAACCUCAUUGCUUCUGCAAAAUAUGCUGCAAUCAAUGAAAUUAACAAAUGCCUGACACAAGACGUUUCAGUCUCCAUUUAUGUUGUAACAAAGCUUCCAAGAGUGCAAGGUGGGACAUCAUAUGUAGGAUUUCAAGGAGGUCCUUGGAGUUCUGUUCAUAUUGAUGAUCUCAGAAAGUCAAAGGAUAUAGUUUCUGAAAUUACAGCUCUGAAAAACAUGACAAUCAGUCAGUUGUUUGAAGAAAAAGCUGAAGCUAUGGAAGUAGAUGACAGUGAUCAAGAAGCAGAAGCAUCAAAAACUGAUGAGAAAUUUAAAUCUGAAACUAUUUUGGACACAACUUCGCUGAUUCGGUGCUGUGUACAGAAUGCUGUGGGGAUGCUUAGAGACAAAUUUGAGGGAUCCAACCGAAGCACAAAACGUGUACAGAUUCUGCUGGAGCUAUUAGGAGGUAACAAAGAAAAUGAAGUCAACCAACCAACAGAUUCAUUUUUGAACAUCUUGAAGAGAAGGCUGCAUGGAAUGCUAGCUGCAUUGGAUGAAGCAGCAUUUUCAGCACGUGGCUGGGUUUUCAAGGAAGCAUUAAACAUCAAUGCACUUCAUGAAGGGGGGACAUUCAGGCACACUUUGUGGAAGCGCAUCCAGGCUGUUGUUACUCCUCUCAUGGCACAGAUUAUAUCUGUUAUUGACAGAGACUGCAAUUUGGAUUUACUAAUUGACUGCAAUUCUGACUCCUCUGUUAAGAGACUCUGGAUGGACAUAUUUGGGGAUGAAAAAUUACUUUGCAUUCGCUGUGAGAGAUUUAAUGUAAACCCCGAAUCCACAACAAUCCUUGUACAGAAUUACAUGAAUCUGGAGAAGAAUGUAUGCUGCACUAUGCCGUUUAGUUGGAGAGCCAAAGAUCAUCUUGAUGAACUCUGGACAUAUGCCCUUGAACGGAAAGGACACACUGAGAAGAAUUUCGAUGAGUAUUUCAGCAAAACUCCACUGGGUCGGUAUAUUUCAGCAGCUAGUGAUGAAAUUCAAAGAGAACUGUUCCUCCGAUAUGUUCAGGAUUUUAUUCUGAUGACCAUGAGUGUUUCAUCCGAAAUGGAACUUCAGUUUCUGCGUCAAGCUCUGUUGACUUGUGUAAAUGAACUGAGAUUGCAACAAGGCAUUGAAGAACAAGCAUUUUCUCUUACCUGGGUUCAUUCUGCAUAUUACAAUUUCAAGAACCGUUUACAGAAUUUCUCAAGAAUUAUCAAUAUUUAUCCUAAAGUCCAAGAGGUUUUGAGAAACAACAUGGACACAAUCUGGGGAGGUGAAGGGCGAGAAAUGGUUUUGGAUAUAAGCGCUGCUGCUGCAUGUAUUGAGCUACUAGAACAACCUCAUAUAAAAAACGAGAAGUCAAGACAAGAAUGGCUUAAUCAGGUGAAGAACUUGCGGGUCCCAAUUGAACUAAUAUGCUCAGAUGAUGUACAGUACUGUGGGGAAAAGUGUCAACAGCUGCUUAUCAUUGUGAGAACUGGGUGGAAUCGUCUUUUUACUUUAACUUUGUUUGUGGAGCAUUUACUACUGGGAAUUGAGAACAUCAACAGAAAUUUGGAGGGUGUUGUGGUGAAGCACACACUGAGACUUGGAAAGUUACUGCAAGAAAAUUCAGACUUAAAAUGUGAAAAAACAUUCCUUGCCGUGAUUGACUUGCUUAAGGAGUGUAAAGAAGAAGCAAGUACAAAGUUUUUCAGAUUUGGUUACCAGUCUUGCCCUGUAUGUCUCGGAGACCCAGUGAAUCCAGUAAAUUUACAAUGCAGUCACAUCUUCUGCCAGUGCUGCAUAAAACAGUGGCUAACUCCAGGUCAGAUGUUUUGCCCAUCUUGUAGAGUAGUCCUCCCUGAUGACUACAAAGUUGAAGUUUCAGAAGAAAUUGGGAGUGCAGUAACAGUAAAUGCAAAAUUUCGAAACCGAUGCAAUGCAUUUUUUAUUGAUGUGGUAUCAACGUUGUGCUUUAAAGACAAUGAACCACCUACUGAAAAUAUUAUUUUUCAUCUCCUGUCCUUGUUGAUUUUCCAGACUGAAACAAGGUCAUUAUUUAAAAAAGGUUGUGAAUUCUUCACUAAGUCUUUGUCUCCCUUUGAUGAUUCUGUGGACAAAAAUCCAGUUGUUCGAUCUAUUGUGCUCAAACUUUUGUUAAAGUACAGCUUUAAAAAGGUUAAAAAGUAUCUGGAAAGGCAUUUGUCUGCAGUUGAAAAAAGUAACCUUUUGAAAGAAGAAGACAAAACAGAACUGUAUUCCUUGUUCAUAAACUGUCUUGAGGACUCAAUGUUUGAAAAGCUAGAACAAUUUUCCAGCUUGGAACAAGAAAGUGCUUUCUUGACACACUGCAUCGAUAACGUUACUGUUUCACAACACAUUUCAAUUGAAUAUCUACAAUCAUUGGCUCGGACCCGUCUUUGUUUGGAUGUAGCUGUAGAGCACUUAGUGAAGCAAGUAAUCAAUCCAGAUGCUCAGAAUGUUAAAGGAACUUUAUAUCUGAAAAGUGUCAAAGAAUUUUGUGAUAAAAGCAACAACAACUGGUAUAGAAUUUACAUGGUACGAAAAGUCUGCAGGCAGCAAGGCAUGGAGUUUGUCCAGCAGUUGGUGAAGGAAGGAAGUUUUGCUUGGAUUUUCCCUUCUGAAAUUGCUCAGCAUCAGUCUGACCAGACAGCCCAAAUGGACCCAUAUCUCAUAUGUGGUGAAGAUUAUAAAUGUUUGCGAGAUGCUGUUGGGAAAGCAAUGAUUGAAGGAAAAGGUGAACGCAUCACAGAGGCCCUAAAGAAAUGUCAAAGUCCAGCCAAUAAGCAAGCAGUUUACCUGAUCCUAGCCAUUUUCCGUGAGGUUACUAUGUUGUAUGGAGCAACAGAUCCAAAUGUCCAUCCCAAAAAACUUCAAUGUGACACAAUUUUGAAUUGCAUCAAUGCACUAGAGCUACUUGAAAAAGACCAACUGAAACAGUUUGCCGCUGCCUUGGUUCAUAAUGAAUUUGUGCCCAUCAUUGUCAGACCAGGACUUCCCAGCUCACUGUCCACAGUAUUUGAACUAGCAAUUCACACUGCAGCUGUCCUUCUGUGUGGGACCAGUGAAGUUCUCACUCCUCUGCAACAACUUGCUUUUACUCCAAGAGAUAUGAAGAAUUCCUUUUUGCCAACCAUGCCUGAAGAUAUGCUGCAUAUUGCUCAGCAAGCUCUAGGGCCUCUGCAGUGGUAUACUUGUCCAAAUGGCCAUCAUUGUACCAUUGGCGAGUGUGGACAGCCAAUGGAAUUCGGAAGAUGUGUUGACUGUGGUUCUCAAAUUGGAGGAGCAAAUCACUUGCCUCUUCCAGGAUUUAUGGUAGCUCAAAUUGGAGAUGACCGAACCCAGACCGGCCAUGUCCUUGGAGACCCUCAAAAUAGAUUAAAUGCUGCUGUCACAGAUACAAGAGAGCUGUCUUCUGGGCAGUUUAUACUGCUGCGUAUAUUAACUCAUGUGUCAAUGAUGUUGGGAGUUUCACAGGAUCUCAAUUCAUUAUCACAGAUUAUAAAGCCAACAGUUCCUAAUCCUGUUGAGUUUCUUGCUGACCAUUUAUUAAAAGAUAUGGAGCAACUAACAAAAAUCCUAGGCAAAGGUGUUGAUGACACCUCAAACAUUGUUCAUCUGGUGCUCUGCAGUCUAAAGGAUCAAAAUACUCGGCCUGGAGGAUUUGACCCAAAACUUACAACCAAAGAAGCAAGAAAUAACUGGGAAAAAUGUGUUGCUACCAAUAUUAUUGCAUGUGUACUUCAAAAUGUAGAUUAUCAGUUGCAGGCGGUCAAUGGAGUGAUUAGAAAUGACAAGCGGAUUUCCUCGAAUCCUGUUGUAAAAAUUGUUUAUGGGAACCCCAAGGCUUUCAUGACUACACUUCCAGAUGAUGUCAUUCACUGUACUUCAGUCUGGAACUGUAGAGAGAAAAUUACACUAGAACGCUUGUCACACAUUGUUGAGCAGAAAAAUGGCAAGGAUUACUUUCCUGUUCUGUGGAAGUUUCUACAAAAGGAAUCUGAGAUUAAACUGGUGAAGUUUCUUCCGGAAUUGCUUGCCCUACAGAAGGAGUUGGUGAAAAAGUUCCAGAAUGUGACAGAUAUCAACAACUGUACAAUUGCACAAUUCAUUAAAAGUGACUUAGCAGAAUCAACACGAGACUUGUACAAGAGAAGAAUACAGAACUUUCUGACAAUAUGGAAUCAGCUGAGAGCCUCUUUGGCUACUAAUGGUGAAAUUAAAAUCCCAGAAGAGUACUGUAAUGAAGACUUGAACUUGGAAAGUGAUUUUCAGGUGCUGCUGCCAAAGCGUCAAGGCCGGGGUCUGUGCUCCACAGCCUUGGCGAGUUACCUCAUUGCUGUUCACAAUGAACAGGUCUACAGUGUAGAAAAGUUCAUUGGAGAAACACAAAAAUACUCCAUAAAUCCAUCUGAUGUAACUGACAUUCAUGUGAUCAGAUAUGAGGUGGAAAGAGACUUGAUCCCUCUGAUUCUAUCAAACUGUCAAUACACUAUGGAAAGUGGACAGGAAACUCUGCCAGAAUAUGAUUUGCCGAAGAUUGAACAGCAUUUGAUACAUAGGUUUCUCAUGGGCAAACCUUUCAUUACCCUAGCUGGAAUACCAACAUUGGUCAACAGAUAUGACAAAAAAUAUGAAAAUUUAUUCAAAGAUAUUAAGGGCAAACUUCCUCAGACUUCCCUUCCAAAUUUGAUCAUUACCACUCUAAGUGGAGAGUUUCAGUCAUACAAUGAUGUUUGUGAUGCACUAUCAGUUGUUGAAGUGGCACUGGGAUUCUUGGCUAUGACUGGUGGCGAGCCAGAUAUGCCACUGGUGAGGUAUGUUGAAGACAUCCUGCAAAUGAGAGAUCAAUUAGCCACCUGUAUUCUAAAGGCAUUAAGCAGGUGUUACUUGAAACAUGUAAUAGCACUGUGGCAGCUUUUAACAACUAGAAAGUCACAGUGGAUGUUGCGACUGAAAAGGGACCCUUUCAUUGAGCUGAGUUCUGAGUAUAAGCAGCCCCUUUCAGACAAUGACCAAAGCCAUCUCACUGCCUUCCUCAUGCAGAGCAAUGUGGAUAUCUUUCUUCUGGAAAUAAAUGAGUUUAUGCUGCUAAACCUAAAAAGUGUUCGAGCCUUGGACACCUUCAAACCAACAUGGGGCCUGAAGCACACCCUGAUUCCCUACAUUGAAGGAAAAGACCAAGAAGCACCACCAGAGAUUGAGGAUUUGCCUGAAGAAAUCUUGCUUUCUCACAUUGUCGAAACCUGGAAAUUAGCUGUUGCCACAAAACAAGACAGCUUAGUGAAUGGUGUCCUGUGACAUACUCCUUUUUGUUUCUGUAGUUUUCAGACAUGUAUUAAUGGCUUGGCAGUACUGAAUGAAAGCUUAAAAGCUGUGUUUGUUCUUAGUACCAGAAAGUACAUAAACCAUUUCUUAAUGCACUUUUAACUCAGAACAAUAAUUUGUUAUUGUGCCUAAAAGUUACCUGCUGGAUACACUUGGCUUUUCCUCAAAACAGAGUUUCCAGUCAGUUCCAGAAUGAGCACAGAAUGCUCCUCUUUAAUCAGGUAUAAUUUGUAACAAUUUUUAAAACUGUGUAUAUGACCAUACGAAUUAUUGCACAUAACUUGCACUUAGUACUUGAAAUUAUGGUUUUGCCCUACAUGUGAUUCAUUGUAAAUGUUCACUGCAUUUAUUGGUUUUCAUUUAAUUUAUAAAGCAAGUUUCCGUUGGUUUCCAUUGCUUUAGACAUAUGCAGUCACAUAAGAUAAGAUGCCUUACCAGCAGCUUAGCAGUGCCACUCAUUAUUUUGCUAAAUUGUUAUCCCUUUUGGUCCUGUGAUAUAUCACAAACUUGGCACUUAAUUACUUAUGGUAAAUUUUGGGCAGCAAACCAUACCCUUUUUCUUAUAAGAAAGCUUAUAUUUUAAAAUGGGAAGAUAAUAACAUGUGCUGCUGCUUCACUGCCAGGUGGUCCCAUGUUUACAGAUGCUCGCUCUCUUAAGUUGUUCUGAAGCCAUACUGUAUGUUAGAUGGCACAAGGCAAAUCAGCAAUAAUACUUUCAAGUUGAUGUCAAAUUAUGGAUAAAGUAGCAGGCAAACCAUAGUGGACCUUAGUCGUAGUUGUGCCUUCAGAUCUUCCAUGUGUUCUAAGACAAAUUCCAUCAUUAUGAGUUUAAUGCUAUAUGUUUUAGUCAAAAGCACAUGCUCACUGGCAAUCCUUAAAGUUAGUAAAUAUAUUAUUAUAAUGUAAUCAAAGCCGAUGAUGUAUAUUAAAUGCAUAUUAAAUAAAUUUAUGUUAGACAGAUGGUGUCAAAUGUUCAAGAAAAAAUAUACAAGUCUCAAAAAUAAAACCACACUUCCAUGCA